AUGAAAGGAUUGCUGUGUAUGGGAAUCGUAAAUUCACUCAUAAAGCUUCUUUGCUUAGUGAAUGUGGUGUUCUCUUUAAGUGUUGAUGUUGAUGAUGAUGAAUCUAUUUGUGCUGCUGCCAAAAUCGUAGCAGACGGAGAGUGGAACUAUUAUGAAGGCUUUAAAAAGGGAGGUACAGUUGGAAUGUUUUCAGCCCCGAAUUAUUGGUGGAAUGCCGGUGAAGCAUUUGGUGGUUUGCUUGAUUAUUACAUUCUUUGUGAUAAAGAUAACUCAACUUUAAAAAAAUGGAUAUCGGACGGAAUGAUCCAUCAGGCAGGUGAGGAUUUCAAUUAUGUACCUUCAAAUCAGUCUAUGACCGAAGGAAAUGAUGAUCAAGGUGUAUGGGGUAUGACAACAAUGCAGGCAGUAGAAAGGAAUUUUACUGACGUGGGAGACCACAGUUGGUUAGAAUUAACACAAGCCAUUUAUAACACAAUGAAUUCAAGAUGGGAUUCAGAACAUUGCGGUGGUGGUUUGAGAUGGCAGAUUUUCACUUGGAACUCGGGUUAUGAUUACAAAAAUGCAAUUGCUAAUGGAUGCUUGUUUCACAUUGCAGCCAGACUUGCUAGAUACUUGGGUAAUGAAACUUAUGCAGAAACGGCAGAAAAGGUUUGGGAUUGGAUGGAGGACGUAGGUUUCUUGGGACAUGAUGGAGAUGAUCUUUAUGUCUAUGAUGGUGCAACAAUCUCGAAUAACUGCUCUGACGUCACCAAAACCAAAUGGUCGUACACGUACGGUAUAUUCAUGGCAGGUGCUGCCUAUAUGUACAAUUACACAAGUGAAGAAAAGUGGCUCGAAAGAACGCUUCAAAUACUUGAAGCAAGUAGCUACUUUUUCAGAGACAAUAUAAUGACUGAAUCAUCUUGUCUUUCAACGUCUGGGCUGAACAAAUGCAACAAUGACCAAAUGUCUUUCCGUUCAUUAUUUUCUCGAUGCAUUGGACUUACAUCGGUAUUGGCUUCGGAUUCAUAUGACACAAUAAGGCCCUUACUUGAAACAAGCGCUCAAGCUGCUGCGGGAACCUGUGAUGGAGGAGAAGAUGGGGUUACAUGCGGACAAAAUUGGUCAGGUGGUUACGAUGGAAAGUAUGGUUUAGGAACUCAGAUGAAUGUUCUUGAAGUACUUAUGGCAUUAUUGAAUAAAGAUGCGCACCCACCUUAUACGGCUCAUACGGGUGGCUCCUCUAAGAGUAACGUGAAUGCUGGAACGGAUACAGAUGACCAAACCAAUAAAAAUGAAUUGAAAAUUUCCGGAAAGGAUAAAGCGGGAGCUGGUGCCUUAACAGCUAUUGUAUUAGCAAUUAUACUAGGAGGUGCUGUUUGGAUGCUAUUUUAA